GAGGAAAACAUUUGCGGUAUUUGAACCCGGAAGUGGUUGCUUAGAGGAACAGAUGGCGCUCGAAAUAAACAAAUAGCAGACGACAGAUAAUUUUUAUUUUUGUUCCCAAAUUACAUAAUUAUAAUCUAUUAUCUAAAUUCUGUGCCAAAUAAAAGUAUGAAUUCAAAAGCCAACAAAUCACAAAGUAGUAUGGCAUUAGCCGCAGUUGCAUUUCAAGAUCACAUUUUAAAGAAUAUGACGAUUGGUAAUAAAGUAGAUCGUAAGAGAUUUACAGUUCCAAAUAAGACGAAAAAAAAGAAAAUUGAAGCUGUCGUAGAUACUGGUUUAAAGAAAAAACAACAAGCUAUACCAAAAGAAAAGGAGAAAGAGUACGUAAUCGAUGCUAAACCUCAAGCACCAACACUAGCUCAGAAACUAGGCUUAAUUGAAUAUGAAACAAAUUACCUUACCGAAAAAGAUUGGGAACAAGUAAAAGGUAAAUCAAACGAAAGAGAGGACCAUAAGCAAGGCUGUCCUAUUUGUAAAGAGAAUUUUGAUUGCGAAAGAGAGCAAGUAUUAUUAUCUUGUUCUCAUGUUUUUCACCGACAAUGUUUAACGGCAUUUGAAAGAUUUUCGGGAAAGCAAUGCUGCCCAAUGUGUAGAAAAGAGAAAUAUCAGAAAAGAGUUAUUUAUGAAGGAGCUAGAUAUCAUCGUCACUUUUCAGCAACAAAAAUUCAAGCAACGUGGAAAAUGUACAAAGUAAGGAGGUGGUACAGGAAAUUGAGAGAAUCAAUUCCGCCAAAAGAUACAGUAUUAAGAAAGAAGUUUUUUGAAGAUAAGCUAAGCGAGUUAACUCGAAAUGUUGUUAAUGAAAUAGAUUCCAGGGCCACUAAUUCUUUAUUGAAUGAAAUUGAUGAAAACCUUUCUCAAAGCCGUUCAAUAUUUCAACAAUUCGAUCGAGCUGUUUACGGAGCAACUGACGAAGAGUGGAAUAUAAUUCAAGUAAAAGCCUUAGAGAGAAAAGAAACUGAUUGUCCUAUCUGUCUUACGAAAUUGUGUGAUAAAAAAACUUUACUACUGUCAUGUUCCCACGUUUUCCAUUUUACUUGUCUUGGAGCUUUCGAAUCAUUUUCAGAUGGCCAAAAGAAUUGUCCUGUUUGUAGAAGUUCGUACAAGAAAAGACCAUUCUAUAAUUAACUUAAUCCCUUAUAAAUUUACUUAUUUAUUGAAUAAAGUUAUAAGACUAUUAUACCGUAUAUGGAAGCAAUACAAUAUGCC